UAAUAUUUUCUUAGUAAUUAAAUUAUCUAUCACUCCUAUAAAAAACUUUUAAGUUAUAAAACCAUUGCUGCACUUUCUUUGUUUAUAUAUCUCAAAAAACAUGGAACAAACUCCCUCUCAAAAACAACCUUCCAUCUCUCUUCGUCUCGACAAUGAAAACAAAGCAACUGAAUUCCGUCCACUCUCAUUAUCAUCACCUCACAUGGUUGCCUUUCACUUGGCAUGGCUCUCUCUCUUCACUUGCUUCUUCUCCACCUUCUCAAUUCCUCCUCUUGUACCUAUCAUCCGCCGUGACCUCCACCUCUCUGACACCGAUAUAGGCCAUGCCGCCAUCGCCUCUUUUGUUGGUUCCAUCUUCUCCCGCCUUGCCAUGGGCCCUGUCUGUGACCUCCUGGGCCCACGAAUUGCCUCUGCUUCUCUCUCUUUAAUCACGGCUCCCAUCAUCCUGUCUACAUGUUUCAUCACUUCUCCUUCUUCUUUUAUUCUCAUUCGAUUUCUGGUUGGUUUUUGUCUAGCCAACUUUGUAGCUAACCAGUUUUGGAUGACUUGUAUGUUCUCUGGUUCUGUUGUUGGUCUUGCUAACGGGGUAGCCGCUGGUUGGGCUAACACUGGAGCCGGUGUGGCACAGUUAGUCAUGCCACAGAUAUAUUCUUUAAUCAAGACUUGUAGGCUAACAUCUCCAUCUACUGCUUGGCGUGUAUCAUUUGUUAUUCCUGGAAUCUUUCAAGCUUUUAUGGCUGUAAUGGUUCUCGUUUAUGGCCAGGAUUUGCCUUCUGGUAGUUGUAAGUAUAAAGAUUCUGAACACUCUAAACAACCUAAGAAAGACAACUUUCUUGGAGUUCUUUUUGAUGGGCUAACGAAUUAUAGAGGAUGGAUACUAGGAUUAACAUAUGGGUAUUGUUUUGGGUCAGAAUUGACAACCGAUAAUAUGAUAGCAGGGUAUUUCUAUGAUAGGUUUGGAUUGAACGUUCAAGUUGCAGGAAUGAUUGCUGCAAGUUUUGGGAUGGCAAACUUCUUUACAAGGCCAAUGGGUGGAGUUUUAUCAGAUAGGAUGGGGAAGAAAUUUGGGAUUAGAGGGAGAUUAUGGGGGCUGUGGAUGGUACAGACGAUGGCUGGGAUUUUGUGUGUGAUACUGGGAAGGGUUAGCUCGCUUUGGACGUCUGUUGCUGUCAUGUGUUUGUUUUCUGUGUUUGUUCAAGCUGCUUCUGGCCUCACAUUUGGUGUGGUUCCUUUCGUUUCCAAGAGAUCACUGGGAGUGAUAUCAGGGAUGACAGGGAGCGGAGGAACUGUGGGGGCAGUGGUUACCCAGUUAUUAUUGUUUUCAGGCUCUAGAUUCUCCAAGCAAACAAGCAUUUCUCUUAUGGGACUUAUGAUGAUUGUAUGCACCCUCCCUGUUACCUUAAUCUACUUCCCUCACUCUGGCGGUAUGUUCUGCGGCCCCUCCGGCGAUACAAGUUCGACGCAUGAAGACGCUGAAGAUUACCACUUGCUUGUAUAAAGAUGAGGGAAAAGAUGGAGCUUAAAAGAAUGAAGUUUCAUCACACCUCAAUAGGAGUUAAAUUCACUACUCAGGUCCAAGAUUUCAAGGAAUUCAGAGAGCGACUAGCUGCUGCAGGCCAACAAAAUUUAUCUCAAAUCUAAGAGAAGAUCAACCUUAGAUUAUUUACCAGGACCUCCAAAAAGCAUCUUCAACAAUGUAGCAUUCUACGUUAUUUAAAAAAAAUUUUGCAGCAUUCCACUUCUACUGCAUAUAUAAAUGCUGUUCGUUAUUUUA